AGAACUAACUUUUACGAGAAACGCUUUUAAAAGAUUUACAAUAAAAAAUGAGUGAAAAAAAGUCAAAGUUUAAGGUGCUUGAGUAUAAUCAAAUGAUAAUGGCUCGAAUUGGCAUUCAUUCUCAUAAUUUGGACGAUCCGACAAAUGAAUUUUUCAAACGGUUCAUCAGUUUCUACUUUUUGUUUGUGAUAGUUUUUUUAAUUGUUGGAAGCAUAGUGUUUGCUUGCAUAAAUUGGCCACAAUACAAUGUUAUUUCGGAACCAUGUUUGAUUGCCGUUGGAUGUUUGCAAGUGGGGGGAAUGUUUCUUGGAUUCGGUUUAAAAAUGAAAACUGUUAAACAAUUGCAUCAUGAACUACAAGCAAUUGUUGAUGCAGAGAAUGAUGAGCAAGUAGCCUCCAUUCACUGGAAUACAGAGCAAAAUUGUCGUCAAUUCACUGCGAAAUUUAUGAAAUUUGUGUUCGCCAAUCAAUCAAUGUAUGCAGCCUCUUUGUUAUUCUCAUUUUAUUGUAUGAUCGUCAACAAUUUCGACACAUCGACAUGGAUUUUGCCAUUCACUUUGUGGGUGCCAUUUAAUACGGAACAUUUACUUGGAUGGUACUUAUUGCUAUUCAUUCAGUUCAGCAUGGGCAUGGCUUACUCGAUGUCACAAGUUACGAUUACGGCAUAUUUUGUUUGUUGCUGCAACUAUAUCGGUGCCAUUUGUGAGCACUUUAAUUUAUUAAUGAACUCGGUUCGAGCCGAUGUGGAAUUUAAUUUAAACGAAAAAAAUCCACAUCUUCACCAAAACCGAUGUCGCGAAAUUGAAAGAAAACUAGCAACAGCUGUUAGUAUUCAUGAAAAAGCUUAUGACAUUUUCAACAUGGUCAGUGAGGUGAACACUGGCGUUAUUUUUGCUCUACUACCCGGUAACACCUUAUUAUUGGGCUUGACCAUGUUUAACGUGGAACACACUACCUUUGAAGUGGUUAUGUUCGUCUGGCAUUUAAUCAGUAUUGCGUGUGCAUUAGUUUGGCCGACACUGUUUUGUUACAGUGCAUCAGAUGUAAUUGAUAAAAUUGCAAAUAUUGGUGACAUUGCAUACGAUUCAAAUUGGUACCAUUAUCCGCCAGAACUACGAAAGCAUAUAAUCUUAAUUAUAGCACGAUCGCAGGAAGAUAUCAUUUUUUCAGGACUCAGCUUAAUUGGUUGUUCAGUUGAAGUUUUUGGAAAUCUUUUCAGGUCAUCUUGCAGUUACUAUUUGGCUUUUCGAGCUGUGUCUGAUAUAUAAGCUGAUUUAUUUGAGUUCGUAAUUUGCUUGCGCAUUGGUGUAUCAGCAUAAUGUCACCGGC